CGCGGACUGCGGCUGGCCUCUGCUUAGGAGCAAGCUCUGGCCGCCCCCGCGGGCCCUUGGCCGGGGUCCGAGAGCAGUCCGGCUGGGGAGAAGUCCGCGCUGGUUCUUCAGGCCUCAGUGGAUCUGGUUAUAUAAUCCUAUGGGGAAAGUAGUAGCCUUCCCCUUCCUUACCCAGCCUGAGGGGUUAUGACCCAGGAUCCCCAAAAAGGGAGACAUCGAAGGGGGAAGAAAACUGAGCAGAAUUCUCAGGCUGCUGCCAGAGCUGCCACAACCAUGUAUACCUUUCUCCCUGACAACUUUUCCCCGACCAAGGUCAAGCCAUCCAAAGAACUAAAACCCAUGGUGGGAUCUAUAGUGCUGGGGCUCCUGCUGGUCUUAGCAGCCGUGGUUGCUUGGUGCUACUAUAGCACAUCUCUCCGGAAGGCCGAGCGCCUUCGGGCUGAGCUAUUGGAACUCCGGACAGGCGGCUUCUCCAUCCGGAACCAGCAGGGAGAGCAAGUUUUCCGGCUGGCCUUCAGCUCCGGGGCUUUGGACCUGGAGUCCUGCGCCCGAGAGGGGGAUGUCUUAAGUUGCUCCCGCUCCACCGGAGGCCCCCUCAAUUUCUUCAUCCAGACGGUGCGACCCAAGGACACCGUCAUGUGCUACCGGGUUCGCUGGGAGGAACUGGCUCCCACCCCUUCGGUGGAGCACACCAUGUUCCUGGGCGACGUGCACUGGUAUGGGGGUGCGGAGAUGCGGACCCAGCACUGGCCCAUCCAGCUAGCGGGCCUCCAGGAGCCCCAGCCCUUUGUGACCAGUGACGUGUACUCAUCUCGGGCUGCCUUUGGGGGUAUUCUUGAGCGUUACUGGCUGUCGUCCAAAGCAGUGGCCAUCAAGGUCAAUGACUCGGUGCCCUUCCACCUGGGCUGGAAUGCCACUGGGCGCUCUCUCCUGUUGCAGGCCCGCUACCAUGACACAUCCUACAAGCCGCCCACGGGCCGUGAGCCCCUGCCUGAACUCAGUUACCGGGUUUGUGUGGGUUCUGAUGUGACGUCAAUUCAUAAGUACAUGGUGCGGCGUUACUUUAAUAAGCCGUCCAAAGUGCCCGCCCGAGAAGCCUUUCGCGACCCCAUCUGGUCCACGUGGGCCCUCUACGGGAGAGCAGUGGACCAGGAUAAGGUCCUGCGCUUUGCUGAGAAGAUCCGCAAGUACGGCUUCAACUGCAGCUACUUGGAAAUUGAUGACAUGUACAUGCCGGCCUACGGGGACUUCACCUUCGAUGAAACCAAGUUCCCCAACGCCACAGAGAUGUUCAGGAAGCUGCAGGAGGCUGGUUUGAGGGUCACCCUCUGGGUGCACCCCUUUGUCAACUACAAUUCGUCCAGCUUUGGUGAAGGAGUGGAGCGGGGGCUUUUUGUGCGGGAGCCCACCGGCCGGCUGCCAGCGCUGGUGCGCUGGUGGAACGGCAUCGGGGCUGUCUUGGAUUUCACCAACCCGGCCGCCCGGGAGUGGUUCCAGGGGCACCUCCGGAGACUCCGCACGCAGUACUCCAUCUCCUCCUUCAAGUUCGAUGCUGGCGAAGUGAGCUAUCUGCCCCGGGACUUUAGCACCUUCCGCCCCCUGUCGGAUCCCAACCUCUGGAGCCGGCGCUACACCGAGAUGGCGCUUCCUUUCUUCUCAUUGGCUGAGGUGCGUGUGGGCUACCAAUCCCAGAACAUCUCUUGUUUCUUCCGCCUGAUCGACCGGGACUCGGUGUGGGGCCACGAGCUGGGGCUGCGCUCCUUGAUCCCGGCCGUGCUGACCAUCAGUAUGCUGGGUUACCCCUUCAUCCUGCCUGACCUCAUAGGUGGCAAUGCCGUUCCGGGGCAUACAGCUGGCGAGGGUGGCAGGAACACCGGAAUCCCAGAGCGUGAGCUCUACGUGCGCUGGCUGGAGGUGGCGGCCUUCAUGCCCGCCAUGCAGUUCUCCAUCCCGCCCUGGCUCUAUGACCAGGAGGUGGUGGAGAUAGCGCGCAAGUUUGCAGCCUUGAGGGCCGAGCUGGUUGCCCCCCUGCUCCUGGAGCUGGCCGGAGAGGUCACCGACACGGGCGAUCCCAUAGUUCGGCCUCUCUGGUGGAUUGCCCCCGGAGAUGAAGCAGCCCAUCGAGUGGAUUCUCAGUUCCUCAUCGGGGACACGCUGCUUGUGGCACCUGUGCUGGAACCGGGCAAGCAGGAGCGUGAUGUGUACCUGCCUGCGGGGAAGUGGCGCAGCUAUAAGGGAGAGCUCUUUGUCAAGGCACCCAUCCUGCUCACAGACUACCCUGUGGAUCUGGACGAAGUGGCUUAUUUUACCUGGGUGUCCUAACCCUGCUUUUUCUAGAAAUUUCAUUGCUCAGAGACCUUAACAUCAGAACCUUGUUUCCCCUUUCCUUCCCCUAACCUCUUAAAGAGCCUAUCUUAGAGACAUCCUGGCUCUAACCCCAGAUGCUUCACCACCAUCUCCCAUUCCAAAACUGUUCCUAACUCCAUCCUCGAGCCCAGACUGUGAUGAAUUUUACUCCAAACCUUCCCUUCACCAAAGCCUUGCCUCUGGAUUCGAUUCCUUCUUUCCCCAGUCACACCUCCCUUAGAGCCAUUAACUUUCCUCAUCUAUCCACUAGCUCCAUCUCCAUAUCAUUCUUUCCCAAAAAACUUUGGAGUAGGGCCCUUGGUUCUAAUCUAUCACCGAGCUCUCUUUUAAGCUCCCCCACUUCAAUCUUUUUGGGUAUUUCUGGCCCCCCUCAAAUAAGAUUUCUCUGAAAUCUUUUAGGACACGUAUCUACCCUUAUUCCUCUGAGACUGGGAACAAAGGAAGGGGAAGGUCAGUCAUAGUCUCACUUUCUAGCCUUCCCUACCCAAGAGAAAGCCAUAUGAAAUUCUUUCCACACUUAUAGUCUGUAUUCUCAUAACUCAUGCUAAGAACCUCCUCCCAGGAUGCACUGCUUCUAUCUCGGAAGAUCUUAUCUUCCAUUGCAUUCUGGGACUUGUAGUCUCCUUAGGUAGAGAGGCAAGAAUAAACCCAUUAAGUACCAUAGACAGUUAGAACUGAAAGGAAACUUAGUGGUCAUCUGGUUUGGGAGAUUUAAAAAAAAAAAAAGGCAGGAAUCCUUUGGAAGGGGAGGAGGUAAAGUGAGAAGAUUGAAAUUAGGAUAGGGAGUAAAACCCUAUUUUUGUCUCCCAAGGGGACGUGGGUUUUGUGGUUUCAACCUCCUCAUACUCCUUCCAUUUCCCCGCUUUCCCCUUUUUUUUUAUUGAACCAUUUAAUUCUCCUCAUGAGCCACACAUACAUGUGGCCCCAAAUCAAAAUAGGAUAGCAGGGGGUCAACGAUCCCCUUCUUCUCCCCUGACUUAGCUCUUCUUUGCACAUGGUUGGUCAUUAAAAGCACAAAAAUGAAAUCUGCCUGGAUUGAGAAGGGAAUGUUUCCUACCCCUCCUCACCUUCUAUUUAGUCUCCACUUCCCUGUUUCUCAUCUGGGAGUUUCCUUCUCAGAACAAACUUGGAUGGGGAAGUAGAAUUGAGCUAUAGGACUUGUAAGGUGACCUGUCCUGAUUCCUUUUCCAUUAAUGAAUUCCAGCUUCCAUCACUUCCAAUUCUGGCAGUAUUUCUCAUCUUUUCCUCCCUUGAUACAAGUAUCUCUGCCCACAAAUUACUACAGAUAGUGGAAUAAAUUUUAAUGGUCAUCUAUUUUGAGAGAAUUUUUAAAAUUUAGGAAAGUAAAGAACGGGGAACAAAUGGGGUCAGAAGAUUGAAGUUAGGGUAGGGAAUAAAACCCUCUUUCUGACUUCCAAAGUGAUAUGGACUUUGUGAUCCCAGUCUUUCCCUCAUACCCUUGUCCCUCUAUAAGAAAGAACAUUAAAUCUUAGGUUCAGUUAUAUUCUUGUAACCAUGACAUGGAACACCUUGUCCAUCAAGCCGGCUCCUACAUUUGAUCAUGAUUCUUACUAUUAUCCCUCUGGGAACUGAGCCUUAAUGGGAGUAAAUGAAUUGGAAAUCUCUGAAAUUCUGAAACUGGCUCCUGGUUAUCCUUGCCUGAAAAGAUACACUGAAAUCCCUUCUCUUUGAGAGUGGAGGAAUAAGUAAGAUCUAAGUGUAUACUCUUCCUGGCCCUGGCCUUAGUCCUCCUUCCCUUUCCCUUUCCUGACUCCAGAUUAGAAAAAGGAAGAGGUGGCUGCACACAGACUAUCAGGAGCCCUUGGGGCCAGAGUCUCCUCAGGCCAUAUCAUAUUAACUGGGCAUGGAACUAUGAAGGCUAUGGUCUUUACCUAUAUUGUACCCCAGAGAGUAGGCAAGCAAAGAGAGAGUACAGAAUAGAUCAUAUGUUCUAAUGCUGCACUGACACCCCCCCUCCAAGACCUAUCUGUUCAGCACUGCUUUAUUCAGACACACCGAUAGGUCAGGGAUGCCUUAUAGUGAGAAUUGCCUCAUGUGAAUGUAAGUGACUGCGUGUGUACACACGUGACUUAAUCUCUAUGUCUAUGUCCAUACCUGUCUCUCUAUCCAUGUGGCUUUGGAUAUGAAUGUCUAUGGGGCUAGGUAUCUCUGUGUGAUUGCCCAUGAGUCUCUCUUUUUAAUGUGGCCAGGUGUAUAUAUUUGACAAACUAGUUCUGUGUAGUGAUUGUCUCCUUAUGUGACUAGGUGCAUGUGUGAAUGGCUCUGUGUAACUAUUUUGUGGCUGUGUAUCUCUGCACGAGAACAAAUGUCUGCAGUAGGGACUAGAUGUGUGUGUUAGACUGAUUCCUGGGAUGGACCAUGUGUCUGCAUGUAUGAGACUGUAUAUGUGAAAGGGUUGGGGGUUUGGGGAGGGGGUCCUGGAUAUCUCUAUGUGAAUGUGCAUGUGACUGGGUAUUUGCUUGCAUGUUAAUGUGUGUGUGAGAGAAGAGUGUAGCUAUUUGGGUGAGAGGAUGGGGAUGUCCAUGGUUAUGUAUCUGGAUGACUGUGAAUGUAUUUGUGGCUGGAUAUGUAUAUACAUGUGUGAAAGAAUCUCUCUGAAUGUGUAUGAGUGGUUGAGCAUCUGUAUGUCUAUGUGACUCUAUGGCCAUGUAUGUUCGUGUGUGAGAAACCGGCUGGGUAGUUUUGUGUGUCUGUAGCUGAGUUUCUAUACCUAUAGUAAUAUUUUCCAUGUAUAUGAAUCUUUCUGUGUAUAUGUUUGAAUAUCUUUCUCUUUGACUACUGCGUAUGUAUAUUUAGUUUUGUCUUUGUGCAUGUAUGGCAAUACAUGUGUAUAUAUGUCCAUGAGUGAUUGCAUCAGCCAGUCAACACACAUUUACUAAACCUUUGCUAUAUUCCAGGCUAAGGAUGCAAAGGAAAGCAAAAAAGAAUCCCUUUUUUCAAAGAGCUCCUACUUUUUUUUUAAUUUUAUUUUUUCAAUUAACAAGCAUUUAUUAUUUUUUUUCUUUUCCACUUCCCCAGUUCUCACUGACAGGAAACAAAAAGAAAAAACCUUUAUGACAAGUAUGUAUAGUCAAGUAAACCAAAUUUUCCAUUGACCAUGUCUAAAGAUGGAUAUUUCAUUUUGCAUCUUGAUUCCAUCACUUCUGCCAAGAGGUGGCUAAUACACUUUAGCUUUGUUUCUUUGGACUCAUGGAUUUUUAUUUCACUUUUCAGUUCUAAAGUCUUUCGGAGUUCUUCUGCUUAAUGUUAUUUUGUAGAUUACUGUUCUAAUUCUGCUCAUUUCUCUGCAUGUGAUCAUACAGUUUUCCCAGUUUUUAAAAAAACUUUCCAUUUCUUCAGGUACAAUAAUAUCCCAUUGUUCAUAUGUCAUAAUUUCUUUAGAGAUUCUCUAAUAGGUACACAACUCCUUAGUUUCCAGGCAUUGUUUUUUGCUGCUUUUGGAAAGAGCUGCUAUAGAUAUUUUUGUACAUAUGCUUCCUUUCUUAUUGAUCUCUUUAGGGUAUAUCUAUAAUAAUGGUGUAACUAGGUCAAUGGUACACACAAUUUAUUGACUCUGGGGUAGCUAGAUGGUGCAGUGGCUAGAGCACUAGCCCUGAAAGCAGGAAGACCUGAGUUCAAAUCUGGGUUAGACACUUAACACGUCCUGGCUGUGUGACCCUGGGUGAGUCACUUAUCCCCAGUGGCCCCACUUAAAAAAAAAAAAAAAAAAACAACCACCACCAGUUUAAUGACUCUUUGAGCAUCGUUUCAAAUUGCUUUCCAGGAUGGCUGGACCAAUUUAUCCCUCUACAUAUAACAUAUUAGUGUUCUGUUGUCAUUUUCCACUUUUGUCAUCUUUGUCAGUCCAAUUGGUGUGAAGUGGAACUGGAGUUAUUUUCAUCUUCACUUCUCUAAUUCUCAGUUAUUUGGAGCAUUUUUUAUGGUGGUUUAUAGUUUGCAUAAAAUAAAAUAAUAUUUUAAAGCACUUAGCACAGUGUCAGGCAUAAAGGCACUAUAUACAUUUUAAUUCUUUUGAAUGCCUGUUCGUAUCCUUUAAUCACUUAUCUAUUAGAGAAUGGUUCUUGUUUUUAUAACUUUGAAUCAGUAAGGAGUUCGCAUUCUAAAAAGGGAGAUAACAUGAAAAUAAUUAGGUAAAUGGAAGGCAAUUUCAGAAGAAGAAGCCCCAGCAGUUGGUAAGACCAGGAAACACUGCCUGAAAAAGAUGAGAGUUGAGGAAAGAGAAUAAGCUUCUGCUAUGUGUCAGACACUGUGCUAAGUGCUUUACAGGUACAAUCUCCUUUACAAAUAUUCUCACAAUAGCUCUGCAGUAUAGUUGCUAUUAUUAUCCCUACUUUACAGGUGGAAGCUGAGGAUGAGUGAUUUGCUCAGAAUCUCACAGCUAGUAUGUGUCUAAGACUGAAUUUGAUCCAAGGUCUCCCUGAUUUGAAGUACAGCCUCUAUCCACUGCAUUACCCUGACACUUCAAGGAAUCCAAGAAAACAAGGUGGAGUUGAGAAAGGAGAGGAUUCCAGGGAGAUAAGCCAGUGAAAAGACACAAUCCAUUGUGUAUUUACAAGUAACGUAAAAUGUGAAAAGACUGGUUUAAAGACUUUUCAGUGUCAAAAAAAGAACUUUAUAUUUGAUCCUGGAGGUACUUUUGUAUCUUUGUAUGUGACAUAUUAUAUGUCUUUAUAAGGCUUUGUGUUUCUGUGAGCCUGCGAUGGUGCUUUGUGUGUGUGCGUGAGAGAGAGACAGAGACUGGGAAGGUUUUCGUAUCUCUAUGUAUUCUAUAUGCUACAUAUUUCUGUGUAUGUGUGAGGGAGAGACACAGAAUGUGUUUUCCUAUUUGUAUGUCUGUGGCUACAUAUUUUUCUCUGUAUGACUAAGAAUGUUUUCAUGUCUUUGUAUUGUUAUACAUCUGUGGUAUGUGUUUCCUAUCUCUUUGUAUCUCUGUAUGGUUUCAUGUUACAUAUUUCUCUCUGUGUGUAUGUAUAUAAAUAGAUCUCCUAUUUGUAGUUGUAUACUCCCUACAUUUUUGGAAUAAAUGUAACUUCUCCAUGGUGCUCCUUUCCACUAAUCACAGGCCCUGAAAGAGAAAGAAUUUUCCUUUAGGGGUCUGAUUGGAUCUGUGGUUGGGGAGGUUAAUGGGGAAAGGGAGGGAAGGGGUUCACAGGCUAUGUUGUAGCUUGGGUUUGAAAUAAAUUGCCCUUUUAGA